GUGAGGAAAGCCAGAGGAGUCAGACUUCGCGCAAUAGCGCGACAGUUUAGCACCCCAGGGCGGGGCGGAUUGAUGAGGAACUCAAAAGUUGCAGCCUGGACUUGGGCUUUUCACACAGCGAUCCCUCAGUCCUGCUAGUCGGACCUCAGUGCCAAGGCUCGAACGUCAUGAAAAGCUCCAAGUUCAGGGAGAACUUCUGGUGUCCCCACUUUCUCAGCACAAUUGGCUACGAGAGCAUUAUUCAGCAUCUGAAUGAGGGCCGAAAGAACUGCAAAGAAUUUGAAGAUUUUUUAAAAGAAAGGGCAGUGAUUGAAGAAAAGUAUGGCAAAGAUCUGCUCAAUCUCUGCCGGAAGAAACCCUGUGGGCAAAGUGAGAAUAACACCAUGAAGAGGGCCUUGGAUGUCUUCAAGCAGCAAAUAGACAACGUGGGACAAUCUCACCUCCAGCUGGCACAAACGCUACGAGAAGAAGCCAGGAAGAUGGAAGAAUUCAGGGAAAAGCAGAAAAUACAAAGGAAAAAGAUAGAAGUUUUGAUGGAUAAUAUGCACAAACAAAAACAGAUGCAGUAUAAGAAAACUAUGGAUGCAAAGAAGACCUAUGAACAGAAGUGCAAAGAUAAAGAUGAGGCAGAACAGGCAGUGCAUCGGAAUGCAAAUAUAGCAACUCCAAAGCAACAAGAGAAGCUCUUUGUGAAACUGGCCACUUCAAAGACUGCUGCAGAAGACUCUGACAAAACAUACUUGUUGAACAUCAAUUUGCUGGAGAAGAUAAGGGAAGAUUGGCAGAGUGAGCACAUCAAAGCCUGUGAGUUCUUUGAGAUUCAAGAAUGUGAACGAAUAAACUAUUUUCGGAAUGCAUUGUGGGUCCAUAUGAAUCAGCUGUCACAGCAAUGUGUCAUAAGUGAUGAGAUGUUUGAAGAAGUCCGUAAGAAUUUAGAAAUAUGUAGCAUUGAAAAAGACAUUGAAUAUUUUGUAACUCAUCGAAGGACUGGACAGGUGCCUCCAGCACCUAUUUUGUAUGAGAAUUUCUAUAACUCUCAGAAAAAUCCAGUACCAGGAAGAAAUCAAGGACCUAAUGUGGGAAGAAGAGGACCUCUACCAAUUCCUCAAAAUACACCAGAAGAUGGUGAUUACUCUUUGGUAACUGAAAGCAAUACUCUCAAUACCCAGUACCAAUGGAACUGAAGAUUCUCAACAUAAUGCUUCUUUGACUAGAAGGAGACAAUUGGGAGCAGAUUUGGCUGCCAUUUUGUAUUAGUCAGGAAGACUUUGAAGUGGACUAUUUCUUCUGUACCUUUUUUAAUAUUUUAAAUUGAUGACCAAGUUUUUUUUUUUCUAUUUGUCAUGGAUGGAUUGUUAAAAUUCCUUGAAGAUUCCACAAAAUCCCAGGCAGAAAUGAUUCCUUUCUUAGUCAAUGUUAGUAUUUGUAGAUAACAUUUUGUUUUCUACUUGGAAAGUGUGAAAUAUUUAUAGCAUCUGAGAUGUGAAUCUUUGUAUAGCAGAAAUAUCAGCAGAAGGGUUAUCAGUGUGAAAAGUUCUUUUUUGGUGUCAGAGAUAAUUUAAUAAGAAAAAAGGAAGUACUGAUAUUCCUACAUGAUUUUCAGUAAUAGUAUUAUUUUGUUGGUGGGGGAUUCAGAACUUUAGAGCUGAAAGCUCCAGUCUUUUAAUUUUCUAGGUGAGGAAACUGGGGUCUAGAGAGGCUAUGUAAUUGUCCAAUGGGUUAAUGGCAAAGCUAGAACCAAGAUCUAUGCUUUUUAAUUUCCAUUACUCCUGUUUUCCCUUCCUUUAGUGUGACCAGUUAUAGUCUUGCUGAAAUCUAAGAUGAUUUUUUUCCUAGGCUGCUUUACUGCUGAAAAACAUUUAGGGCUGUUCAGGAUCAACAAUUUCAUCAGUAAAGGCAACUUAUUAUGAUGUGGGAAUUCCUUUUAUUAAUGCAGUUGAGAAACUCAUUGGCAUCUCAUUAAAAUCUUUAAAAAUUGCUUGGUAUUCAUAGCUCUUUCCAACUCUGAGACCAAUCCUUUAUUUGCUAUACUGCAUUGCUUCUAUUGAAAAUAACCAAGAAUUAAAGUCCCAUUCUUAUUUUUAGGAUAGAUCACUGAUGAAUAGUAUGUAAUCUCUUCACUCUACUUCAUAAUAAUGAUUUUAUAGUUAUGAAGUCAUUGCCAGUUGGGUCUUCUCAGGGAAAAAAGCAUGUAUAUGUAUCUAUAUGUACACUCACAAGAAUAUACAUGUAUAUAAUAACACACAUGUAUGGAUUGUGGGGUAUAUAUGUGUGCAUGUCAAACACACAUUUGUGUAUGUUUAUGUAUAUAUGUAAACACAUAUUGGACUUUGGACAUUCAGACUAGGAACUUUGAACCUCAAGGGAUAUUUCAGUAGUCUUUUUGUGGCCCUAAGAUAUAAUAUCUGAAUUGAUAGGGUUAUUAUCAUAUACACUUCUAGAAAACCCUUACCACUCUCAAUGUGCUCAAUACAUUUUAACCACCAAGUUAAAAUAAUAAUAGCAUUUAUGUAAAACUUUUUCUUUAGCAUGCUACAAAUGUUACAAAGGACUCACAUUACUGUCUAUAAACUGUAGACUGAUCCUCUAGCACUUUAGAGAAGGAAACUGGUGGAAAACAAACAAUGCAUGCUAUUUUCUUGGAUAAGUGCCUAGUGGAUUUGAGGAGGUCAAGCCAGGAAAGUUGCAGAAACUCCUUUUAUGGUAGUUUACCAUAGUAAAAAUGGAGAAAUUAAUGCAUGAUAAGCAUCAUUGACUUCCUCAAAGUAAAAAAUGUCAAAAAAUUUUCCUUGGUUCAAGACAUUAAAAAAUGUUUUAUUGUUGAUAGUUCUUAGGGAUUUAAUUUUUUCCUUUAUCUUUUGGAACCUCAAAUAUAGAGUCUAUAAUUAUAUGGAGGGAUUGAUUUAAAGUGUUGUGAGCUUUUAUAAAAUUUAGAAUAUUUUCUCAUGGUUACAUGAUUCACAAUCCUCCUCCUCUCCUCCCCUUUCCUCCCCCCUCCCAAAGUUGACAAGCAGUUCCACUGGGUUAUUCGUUGUUCAAAACAUAUUUCUAUGGUAUUCAUAUUUGCAGUAGAGCGAUCCUUUAACAUGAAAACCCCAAUCACAAUCACAUCUCUAUCACAUUAAGUGAUCGAGCAUAUAUUUUUCUAAUGCAUUUCUGGUUCCACGUUUUUUUCUCUAGAUAUGGAUAGUGUUCUUUCUCACAAGUUCCUUUGGAUUGUCCUGGGUCACUGCAUUGCCACUAAUGGAGAAGUCCAUUAUAUUCAACUGUACCACAGUGUGUCAGUCUCUGUGCACAAUGUUCUCCUGGUUCUGCUCCUUUUACUCUGCAUCAAUUCCUGGAGGUCAUUCCAGUUCAUAUAGAAAACCUCCAGAUCAUCAAUCCUUUCAGCACAAUAAUAUUUUAUCACCAACAUAUACCACAAUUUGUUCAGCUAUUCCCCAAUCAAUGGAUACCCCCUCAUUUUCCAAUUUUUUGCUACCACAAAGAGCGAGGCUAGGAAUAUUUUUGUACAAGUCUUUUUCCUUAUUAUCUCUUUGGAGUACAAACGCAGCAGUGCUAUGGCUGGGUCACAGGGCAGGCAUGCAUUUAACACCCUUUGGGAGUAGUUCCAAAUUGCCCUCCCGAAUGGUUGGAUCAAUUCAUAACUCCACCAGCAAUGCAUUAAUGUCCUGACUUUGCCACAUCCCCUCCAACAUUAAUCACUUUCCUUUGCUGUCAUUUUGGCCAAUCUGCAAGGUGUGAGGUGGUACCUCAGAGUUGUUUUAAUUUGCAUUUCUCUAAUCAGGAGGGAUUUAGAAAAGUGUUAUGAGCUUUUAAGAAAUAUUAAGGGUCUAGUGCUAUUUCACUUUCUAUUUGUAAAUAUUUCUUGGAAAGAAAAUUAAACUAAAUGCAUUGCAUUAGUUUUUAGUGUUUUGUGUGUCUGUGAGUUUUUCUUUAGGAAUUUUCUUUCAAGGAAAUUUUUCCUUUCUGACUCUGAACUAUACUCAUUUAUUCAACAAAUAUUUAUUAAGGGCUACGUGUAGAACAAUAUGCUAAGCACAGGGGAACAAACAAAGUUUAUAUAAGAUGUACUUUGCUCUUUGGAGUUUACACCCAAUUGAAAUAAAAAUUAUUGCUGGGCAAUAGAAAGUGAAAAUAUCUUUUUGAGGCCGAACAUAUAUUGGAAGCCUUUAAAAUAUUUUGAAUGAGUUAAAAUUUUGAAUGAGUUAAAAUGAGAGAGAAUAGCAGUAGUAACAGGGUGGCAUAAGGAAUGUGAAAGGAAGAGUGUCAAAUAGGGACAAAAGAGUUGAGUUUAAGAAGUGUGGGCAAUGUUAUUAGAAGGAAGCAUUGCAAGCAAUCAUUUGCCUAUUUGUUUAAGUCAUUUAACAAUGAAGGUGUGGCAAAUGCAAGUGUAUGAAUAAUGAGGAGAAGAAAGAAUGAGGUAGGAGGGCAAGGAAACAGAAAGUAGAUUUAAAUAUAUUUUGCCCUGAUUUACCUAUUUUAGAGAGAGACCAUUAAUACCUUGGAUUUGAAGUUUUGGAAACUUUUGCAAAGGUGACUACUUGUCUAAGGGAUUUUAGGAUUUGGGGCUUGAAAAGAUUUCAGAGACCAUCUAGUUCCAAUAUUUAUUUUACAGACAAAGGAACUGAGACCCAAAGAAGUGAACCAUAUUGACUAAUGUUAUACAAUUGGAAAGUAGCAGAGCCAGGAUUCUCAGCCCAAGUCCUCAGACUACAUACCUAGGAUUCUUUCUGCCAUCCUAUAGUGCUUUAGCUGGUAAAAAGAUCUAAGACUAGAAUGAUUUAAUAAGAAAAUAGGCUUUUUGUCUAGAACUGCAAGAAUCUCAGAGGACAGCCAGUCCCAAACCCCUUAUUUUUUUUUUUGCUUCGUGUCUCUCCAUUAGAUUUUUUUUUUAAUUUUAUAGUAUUUUAUUUGAUCAUUUCCAUGCAUUUUUCAUUAAAGACAAAGAUCAUUUUCUUUUCCUCCCUCCCACCCCCCGUGGCCGACGUGUGAUUCCACUGGUAUCAUAUGUGUUCUUGACUUGAACCCAUUGCCAUGUUGUUAGUAUUUGCAUCAGAGUGUUCGCUCAGAGUCUUUCCUCUGUCAUGUCCCCUCAGCCAUUGUAGUCAGGCAGUUGCUUUUCCUUGGUGUUUCUAUUCCCUCAGUUUGUCCUCUGCUUUUGGAUAGUGUUUUUUUCUCCUUGAUCCCUGCAGAUUGUGCAGGGACAUUACACCGCCACUAAUGGAGAAGUCCAUUACGUUCGAUGAUACCACAGUGUGUUUGUCUCUGUGUACAAUGUUCUCCUGGUUCUGCUCCUCUCACUCUGCAUCACUUCCUGGAGGUUGUUCCAGUUCACAUGGAAAUCCUCCACUUUAUUAUUCCUUUGAGCACAAUAGUAUUCCAUCACCAACAUAUACCACAAUUUGUUCAGCCAUUCCCCAAUUGAUGGGCAUCCCCUCCCAAACCCCUUAUUUUAUGAGGAUUUUGGGCCUACAGAAAUUAAGAUACCUUGCCAAAGGUCAGUAAAAUAUCAAGGUGAAAUUUGAACUCAGGACUUUUGAGAUUCCAAGUGUUCUUUUUAUUUCACCACAGUCCAGUUACAUUGUUCUUUAUGGAUUUAAAAGAAGUCCUUUAUCUUCUGCCUGAGGAUUGAUUCUAAUUUAAAAUCUCUAGGUAACAUCUCUCCAAUAUUAAAUCAACUGGAUCAGUGAGAUCCUAGUCCUCCCAUUAGUAUAGCACUAUAUGUGAAAUAGAUGUUCAAUCUUCCCUAGGAGAAAGAACAUACAAUUAGGAAUUCUAGUUCACUUCUGCUACAUUGAUCAAGUUAUUUAACCUGUUUAAGUUUUCGAAUCAGACCUCAUCUGUUAAAACCAGGGAUCUGGAACUAUAAGACUCAAAAAAUCUUAUUAAAUCUUGACACUGACAUCUAGCACUGUGCCUUGCAUAGUCAGUCAAUCAGUCAAACAACUAGAAACUUAAUGCUUUAUCAACUGAAAUGAAGUUAAUUAUAUGACAUUCUUGUAUAAUGAAUAACAUAGAAAUAAUAUGAUAUAGGAGUAAGAAAAUGCCACUAGAUGGCAACACAGGUUAUUUAGAACCUGGUUUAGUAGGGGUUAGGAAUAUAAAACUGGGGUUUUCUUAAAAAUUAUAAUCAUAUGCAGUUACAUGAGCAGAACCAGGAGAACACUGUACACAGUAACUGAAACAUUAUGGGACGAUCAAACGUAAUAGAUUUUACUACUAGUAGCGAUGCAAUGAUCCAGGACAAUUCCAAGGGACUUAUGAGAAAGAAGGCCACCCACAUCCUGAGAAAGAACUGUGGGAGUAGAAAUCCAGAAGAAAACACAUGAUUUAGCACUUGUUUAUAUGGGUAUAGGAUGUGGGGUUUUGGCUUUAAAAGCUUAUUACAAAAAUGAAUAAUAUGGAAAUAGGGAAACGAUUUGUAUUCUUAUAAAUUUGACUUAGUUCUUUAUAUAUUUGAGAAAUUAGAUCUUUAUCAGAGAAAUUUGUUAUAAAAAUUUCCCAGUUUGUUGUUUCCCUUCUAAUCUUGGUUGUAUUGGUUUUGUAUGCACAAAAGCCUUUUAAUUUAAUGUAAUUAAAAUUAUUCAUUUUAUCUUAUAAUGUUCUCUAUCUCAUUUGGUCAUAAAUUCUUCCCUUCUCCAUAGAUUUGACAGGUAAACUCUUCUAUAUCCUCCUAAUUUACUUAUAAUAUCACUCUUUAUGUCUAAAUCAUAUACCCAUUUUGACCUUAUCUUGGCAUAGAGUAUAUUAAAUAAAUUCUUUUUUUUUUAAACCCUUACCUUCCAUCUUGGAGUCAAUACUGUAUAUUGGCUCCAAGGCAGAAGAGUGGUAAGGGCUAGGCAAUGGGGGUCAAGUGACUUGUCCAGGGUCACACAGCUGGGAAGUGUCUGAGGCCAGAUUUGAACCUAGGACCUCCCGUCUCUAGGCCUAGCUCUCAAUCCACUGAGCUACCCAGCUGCCCCCUAUUAAAUAAAUUCUUGAUUGUG